GCCUGCAGCCCUCUCUGGUCCCACGAGUGCGGGAGCUCCUACUACACCACGGGGAUGUGCUCCCGGGUCAACUCCAACUUCAGGUUCUCCAAGACGGUGGCUCCGGCUCUGCAGAGAUGCCAGACGUACAUGGACAUAAUCAUCGUUCUGGACGGAUCAAACAGCAUAUACCCUUGGGUUGAAGUUCAGCACUUCCUGAUAAACAUCUUGAAAAAAUUUUAUAUUGGCCCCGGCCAGAUACAAGUCGGAGUGGUUCAGUAUGGAGAAGAUGUGGUCCAUGAGUUUCAUUUAAAUGACUACAGGUCUGUAAAGGAUGUGGUAGCAGCUGCCAGUCACAUAGAGCAAAGAGGAGGCACGGAAACCAGGACUGCCUAUGGGAUAGAGUUUGCUCGCUCGGAAGCGUUUCAGAAAGGUGGCCGGAAAGGGGCAAAGAGAGUAAUGAUUGUAAUCACAGAUGGAGAGUCGCACGACAGCCCAGACCUGGAGAAGGUGAUCGAGGACAGCGAGAAGGACAACGUCACCAGAUACGCGGUGGCGGUACUGGGUUAUUAUAACAGAAGAGGAAUCAAUCCCGAAGCCUUUUUGAACGAGAUAAAAUUCAUAGCGAGCGACCCGGAUGACAAGCAUUUCUUCAACGUCACGGACGAGGCUGCACUCAAAGACAUCGUGGAUGCAUUGGGGGAAAGGAUAUUUAGCUUGGAAGGAACCAACAAGAAUGAAAUCUCCUUUGGCCUGGAAAUGUCCCAGACUGGAUUUUCAUCACAUGUUGUGGAAGAUGGGAUCUUGCUGGGGGCGGUGGGUGCCUACGACUGGAACGGAGCCGUCCUGAAGGAAACCAGCAGCGGGAAAGUCAUUCCCCUGCGGGAAUCCUAUCUGCAGGAGUUCCCGGAGGAGCUGAAAAAUCACGGAGCAUAUUUAGGUUACACCGUCUCCUCCGUCAUUUCCACCAAGCACGAGCGGAUUUACGUGGCGGGAGCGCCCAGGUUCAACCACACUGGGAAAGUCAUCAUUUUCAGCAUGCACAACAACCGAAACCUCACCAUCCACCAGGCGCUGAAGGGAGAGCAGAUCGGCUCCUACUACGGCAGCGAGAUCAACUCCCUCGACGUCAACGGUGACGGCAUCACCGACGUUUUGCUGGUGGGAGCCCCCAUGUACUUCAGCGAGGGCAGAGAGAGGGGCAAGGUCUACAUCUACACCCUGCGGGAGAACCGCUUUGUUUCCAGCGGGGCCCUGGUGGACCUGCAGAGCUACCAGAACUCACGCUUCGGCUCCUGCAUCGCCGCCGUGCCCGACCUCAACCAGGACUCCUACAAUGACCUCGUGGUGGGGGCUCCUUUGGAGGACGAGCACCAAGGAGCGAUUUACGUCUUCCUUGGCUUCAAGGAGACCGUCCUAAAGAAGUACAAGCAGCGGAUCGCAGCUGCGGACCUCGCGCCGGGCCUGAUGUAUUUUGGCUGCAGCAUCCACGGACAGCUGGACCUGAACGAAGACGGGCUCGUCGACUUGGCCGUCGGCUCCCUGGGGAACGCCGUGCUGCUGUGGUCCCGCAGCGUGGUCCAGAUCAAUGCCAGCAUCCGCUUCGAGCCCUCCAAAAUCAACAUCUUCACCAAGGACUGCAAGCGGAAUGGGAAGGAUGCCACCUGCAUGUCGGCCUUCGUCUGCUUCACCGCCGUCUUCCUCUCAGCUCACUUCCAGACGGCCAGCGUGGCGCUGCGGUACAACGCCACCAUCGACGAGCGCCGGUACGCGCCGCGGGCCUACCUGGACGAGAGCGGGGAGCGGCAGGCGCAGAAGGGGCUGGUGCUGCUGGCCGGGCAGGAGCACUGCGAGGGGCUCCACUUCCACGUCCUGGACACGGCCGACUACGUGAAGCCAGUGACGUUCUCCAUCGACUACGAGCUGGAGCAUCCCGAGAACGGCCCCAUGCUGGAUGACGGCUGGCCCACCUCGCUCAAGGUCUCGGUCCCUUUCUGGAACGGGUGCAAUGAGGAUGAGCACUGCGUCCCUGAUCUGGUCCUGGACGCCAGGAGCGAUGUUCCCAGUGCCAUGGAUUACUGCCGCCGCGCUCUGCGGAGAGGGGACUGCUCGGCCUUCACCCUCUCCUUCGACGCCUCCGUCUUCGUCAUCGAGAGCAGCAGGAGGAGGGUGGCGGUGGAGGCGGCGCUGGAGAACCGGGGGGAAAAUGCCUACAGCACCGUCCUCAACAUCUCCUUCUCCAGAAACCUGCAGUUCGCCAGCUUGAUCCCCAAGGACGACACGGACAUCAACAUCGACUGCAUGACCGAGGACAAGAACCCCAACAAGAAGGUGUGCAACGUCAGCUACCCCUUCUUCCGCGCCAAGGCCAAGGUCGCUUUUCGCCUGGAUUUUGAAUUCAGCAAGUCCAUAUUCCUUCAGAGCAUGGAGAUCUACUUGAUCGCCAACAG